AGUAUGGGAAAUGUAGUUUUCGUUGAGGAAAAGGCUAUUCCCACUUAACUCUUUUGUCCCACAUAUGAUGCACGAAUGUCGCAGUGGGUGCCAGCUGAAGGACUGCUCGGAGAGGGACGUUAAGUCCAAGCUGUAUCCGUUUCUUUAGUGGUUACCCGCAGCGGUGGAAAAGCCGUAUUGCCUCUGAGCUCCACCCGUACAGAAACAAGCGCUUCCGGGUGUGGCUCAAACAAGAGUGUCGCCGGUCCGAAUUGACAAGAGACGGCGGCGAAAUGCGCUUCAACGAGAAGGAGCUGCUUUAUCUAUCCAGGCAGCCGUCGGAGAAAGCCGCCGAGCUAGGCAUGAAGGGGCCGAAGAAAGGCGACGUUCCAAAGAAGCGGCUUGUGAAACUGGUGGUGAACUUUCUGUUUUACUUUAAGACAGAUGAGGAAGAGCCCAUCGGUGCCUUACUGCUGGAGCAGUGUAAGAUUCAGCAGGAGGAUGGCUCCAUGUUUUCCAUCAUUUUCUUUGACGAGUCUGAGCGCAAGUACCAAUUUGAAUGUGACACCCUUGACCAGUGUCAGGAGUGGGUCGAGUCACUCACUCGGGCCAGCUAUGAAUACAUGAGGAAAAGUCUCAUCUUUUACCGCAGUGAAAUUCAGAGGCUUACUGGCAGGGACCCCCUGGAGCAGUACGGAAUAUCGGAGGAGGCACGUUUCCAGAUCUGCUCUCAAAGGACCUAAAUGCAGACGGCACGCCGGCUGGCCAGCUCAGACUUUUUAAUUUUGCUUUCAAUUGAAUUUUUAGUGACCGUGAAACUUCUUGAACUGAAUGUAGGUUCUGGUGUGCUUAAGUGUUUGUUCUGCGCUCUCUUGAAAUUAUAGCAGGCAGUUGCGCUGAGAGGCCUCCAACCCCCUAGCUACAGCAGGGAAGUCUCUUGACUUUCCAUUCACCUGGUCAGUUGUGCUUCUUGGACAGCACCAGAGGUCAUCUCUGAAAAGUCAAACUGUUUCUGCCUGCUCAGUCUCGUCUGAUUGCAUAAUUGUUGCUAAGAAUGUGUCAUGGAUGCGGGACACUUGCACUAUAUUUCUGUAAAACUGUGAUCUUUGGGUCCGCUCAGUUUGCUUUUUCCUCACAGAAGACUGAAGAAGAGAGAGAGAGAGAGAGAGAAGAAGUCUAUUGCUGUAAAUGAAUUCCUGGAAGAGUCGAGUCACUGGCAGUGGGGUGAGGGCCUGUUCAAAUUCAAGCUUUACGGUUUCAGUGGGCGACGCAGCCUUGGCCUUAUCGGCUGCCCUCUCCUCACUUCUGGGCCAUAACAGGGAUGUUCAAGUAUCGGACUGGGCCGCUCAAAAUAUAUCAGGUCUUAUUCUGCUACCUGGGUCUUUAAAAA